AUGAAGCUUCUUCUUGCUGAUGAACGAGUGGACCCAAAUCUCCGAGUUGGAAUUCGACGCACCGCCUUACACAUUGCGGUCAGAAAAGGACGUCAUGCUGUUCAGAAACUGUUGGUCGAACACAGCGGCGUCGACCCCGAUUUAAAAGCUGGUCCACUUGGUCGAACACCGCUACUCGAAGCCAUGAAGGCUCCGGCUGAAACCCGCUAUGCCAAAGCCAGCUCGGCCGCUUAUAUUGAAAUACUUCUUGAGUGGGGUGCAAACAUUGAGAAGUUGCUCCUUGAUGCCGGUGCGGACGUACGUGCUGUAGACCGGGAAGGGAGGACAGCCCUGGCGCUAGCUGCUCAGUAUAACAAUUUAGAAACGGUCGAUUUAUUGCUCAGACAUGGUGGGAUAGACCCGAACAUAUGUGACUAUGCGGGCCUUACACCAUUGUUAUCAUUGUUAUCAGCAACGUGCGAAGAUCACUUUGGCGUUAUAUCAGCCCUGGUAAGCUGCGACAGGGUGGACAUCAACCUCCAGGAUGACUUUGGAAACACUGCAUUACACUAUGCAACGCACCGCACCUGCACACGCUCGGUCAAAAUAUUACUCGAAAGGGAGGAAGAUGAUGUACAUAUCAAAAAUAACGUUGGUCUAUCGCCUAUAGCACUGGCGGCAACCCGAGCUACGCCGCUUAUGGUAGCCAUCAAAAAUACCUCUAUUGUUAAAUGGCUACUUUCAAUGAAAACCGUUGACGUCGAUGCAGAAAAUGACCCAGGUAUGACACCAUUGAAAUGGGCAAGUGAAGCGAAGGAUCAGUCCAUAGUUGAGCUCCUCCUCGAGAAAAUGGACAUUGAUACUCUCGCCGUUUGUUACACGCAGUGA